AUGCAAGUGAAUAGCGAGGACAUUACGGUCGCCUGGGGACAGCAGCCGCACCCGCUGGACUCGCAGUACGGAAAAUGGCGAUUAGCGGUGUUCCAGGACGUUCAGGAAUCGAUCGACGGCAGAAAACUCUACUUUUUGUACGACCCGGAAGCUGACGAGCAGAGUGGAACCAGCGGACAAGAAAAGGGAUAUCCGGGACUGAUAAUUUUCGACAUAAACUUAAGAUGUUUCGCCGGCGAGAUUCCCAUUCACUGUCCAGGUGCACUUCCCGAGACUUCUCAAUAGUUUUCAAUUAAUUUCAGGCAGAAUGCAGUUCCUGUUCUCUCUGAAAUGCCCUUCUCCGCAGGGCGGUUCUGCGUUCGUUCUUAUCACAGAAGAAAACGUUUACGGUCAGGUCCGUCUAAACGUGUCCCGUGUGGAUCUUGCGCGGGACGGUCUCUCGAUCGUCAAUAUUCGCCCGCUCAUCCCUCAAGCUCUCGUUAUCGGCGGAGAAUACAUUUGUUCGAUGCGCGAGGAUACUCCGGAAGUUGUCGUCAUGGCAAACCCCGGAUUACAGGUGCAACUUCCUCGAAAUACCUGAAAAAUUAAAGGAAAAAGCUUUCAGAUCUGGCGCAUCGACUGCAUGACGGAGCAGCCACAGGCUCCUAUCGCCGAUUUCACAGUCCCCGGAGCAGAACUCGAUCACUUCUACGACGGAUUUCUGAACAACGGCAACAUUGUCUUUUUGUCGGCGACUCCUGAUGGACAUUUCGACGAAAGCCGUGUUCAUCUUCUGAAUCUGAAUAAUCCUCCUUUUGUACGCUUUUAUUCCCUGUUUUCAUUGUCUGUUCAUUUCUCACAAAUUGCUUGCAGAUCAGCACGAAACAGUGCAGCGGAGAUCCGUCUCGCGGAAUGCCGAUCCCCAGAAAACAGUGCGGAUUCGAUUCGAUUCCCAGUAGAAUACUCAUUGAUUUUAUUCAAGCUAAAUUUCACUUUCAGAUGUCAUUCUGAUGGCCGGCGGAGAAGUGGACCGUGGCGGUCGCGGGAACUUCGAGCGCCUUCUCGACUACUGGAUGCUGGAUACCCGCUCGUUCCAAUGGACCCAGCUCCCCGCUCAAAUGCCGUAUCCUCUGAUUGAGCCCCGUCUGACGGCUUGCAGUUCUGGAAAUGUCUACGUUUGGGGCGAUUACGACGAGCCGCUGCCCGGGAUGCCGCCGCAAGGAACGCAUUUGCGCAUUAUUCGCGUUUCCGGGAUAGAGAAGGGCGGCAGUUCCUCGAAUUUUGCUUCAGUUACUCCUACACAACCUCCGUAUCCGUCGAUUCCCUUUGGUGAGUUUUGGGAAGAAAAAGCGCUUUUUGGGUUGUUUUUCAGCCGAGUUGAAGAAUCUUUGAAUAGCAAACUCAAUCUUUGCUCGACUAUCAGUCCCCAAAGUUAGGGUCAAAUAGAAUAGAUGAAGUCCUCGAAAAGAUGAAAAACAGUAAAUUUCAGAUGGGCAGCCGUCGUACCCCAAUUUCCAGUCAUCGACUCGAAAUCAGCCGUAUGAGAAAAAGUCUUCCGAUUCUUCCGAUGACGAAGAUGACGAUGAGAAAACGAAGAAGAAGAAAAAGAAGAGCUGUUGUAUUCAGUGA